AUGGUUCUCGGUGUAUUCUUGACGGAGAUCAUAGUGGCGUUCCUGUUGGCUGGAACUUUACUCUUCAAGUAUGGAAAUGUGUUCCGGCAUCACAUCAUAGUCACUGUCUCUGUAUUGAUAGCUUGGUACUUCUCUCUAUUAAUAAUCUUCAUACUACCUUUGGAUGUCUCUUCGACUGUAUUCAGACAGUGUGUAGAGCAGAAUAUACAUAACAGUACUAAAAACCUUAGUAAUACAUCUGCACCGUUUGCUACUUGUAAGGAGCCUUGGCCAAAUGUACCAGAAAAUGUAUUUCCUAAUUUGUGGAGGAUAGUUUAUUGGACAUCGCAAUGUCUGACGUGGUUGAUACUCCCAUUGAUGCAGUCUUACAUAAAAGCCGGGGACUUCACCGUACGUGGGAAACUGAAAUCUGCUUUGAUAGAUAACGCCAUAUACUACGGCAGUUAUUUGUUCAUAUGCGGCAUACUUUUGAUAUAUAUCGCAUUGAAGCCUGGUCUAGAUUUUGAUGGGCAAAAAUUGAAAGUUAUAGCAUCAUCCGCGUCCAAUACAUGGGGCUUAUUUUUAUUGGUCUUAUUGCUCGGCUAUGCACUUGUCGAGGUGCCUCGAGGGCUAUGGAAUGCCAGCAAGCCUGGAUACACCUUGAAUUACAGUUACUUUAAGGUGGCAAAACUGAGCUUGGAUAAGUGCGAAGCCGAGGAGACAGUGGAUGAUAUACUCGAGUCGCUACAAAUUGCAACGAUAUCCAUCGGACCUGGUCAUCCAUUUCACUGCAACUUGGAGACGAUUUUCCAAAAGAUACCCGCAGAAUUGAAGGAUAGAAUGAACAGGAGACAACUGCCUGACGAUACUCCGACGGACACACCCACCGAGAAGUCUUUGAUUCGAUUGCACAGACAAACUAUAAAAGCGCUGCAAACUUUGCAACGCAUAGAAACUCAAUGGGGUAUUCUAGUAGACAAGAUCUUCGAUUUAGAAGAUGUAGCGAAAAAUCAAGUGAGUCACGAUAGGAGAUUUAAGCAAGCAUUUCCCACGCAUCGCUCGCUUCCAUUUCGCAUUAUCUAUAAUCCUGCUAUCGAAUGGUACUGGAAAUGCAUCGUGAAGAAUUACGUCCUAAAGAUAUCUGCCAUUUGCGCUGGGUGUUUGUCAGUGGCUGUUGUAUGGUCGGAAGUAACGUUCUUCAACAAGUCGCCCGUGCUGUCGUUAUUUGCUCAAUUUCUGAAUUUAGCGAAAAGAAACUACGAUUACUUUACGAUAGAGGUGCUAUCGAUGUCGAUUAUCGCGUAUCUCUGCUACUGCGCGUACUCGACCGUCUUGAAAAUUCGCGUGUUGAAUCUUUAUUAUUUGGCGCCUCAUCAUCAAACCAACGAGUACAGCUUGAUAUUCAGCGGUAUGAUGUUGUGCCGCUUGACGCCGCCGAUGUGUCUCAACUUUCUAGGAUUGAUACACAUGGACUCGCACAUUAUUAAGACUCAUAUCCUGGAGACGCAUUACACGCAGGUGAUGGGUCACAUGGAUGUCAUUCCCAUCAUUUCUGACGGAUUUAACGUGUACUUUCCCAUGGCAAUUCUGGCCUUCUGUCUGGCGACUUACUUCAGUAUAGGCAGUAGAUUGCUCUCCAUGCUGGGCUUUCAGCAAUUUCUCGACGACGACGAGUUUACGACGGACCUCGUGGAGGAAGGAAGGGAACUCAUAAAACGAGAGAGACGUAAACGUCAAAGAGCGGAAGAUUCCAUGUAUAGGCGGCGUGAAAUGCAAGAAAGAUUCAAUAUCUCAGUGGGCACGUCACGUUACAGGACGUCUCGCCAAAGUACGGACACCGUGCGACCGUUGAAGCGAGACGAAUCGAUCGAGUCGGCGAGAGCAGGUUUGCUGCACGAUUUCGAUCCCGCGGAAUAUUAUAUCGGCAUGACAUUCGGCGGAGAUGGUUACGGCGCGAACAAUCGCUACGACGGGGAGAAUCAAGGCGACGACUCGUACGAGCCGCACGUGAACAACGCCAGGGCGUUCUCCACGAGUACGAGUCGCGUGGGCCCUCCGCCUCGAGGGUUGUUCGACGAUAUUUAAACAGCACGAUUUCAAUUUAUUCAAACAACUUGCUCGAGUGCGAAUGCGAGGUUGUCUCUUUAGAAAUUUGCACGCCAUUUAUAUUCGAACGAUGCGAUCGUCAUUGAUGAACUAAACCGUGAAGGUCGUGAGUUAGAAGAGGUAGAAUUUGAUUAAGAUUCAGGACGUAAAAAUUAAGGCUUUAUAUUUACUAUACCGGCUGUUGUAAUUUUAAAUUGAACUUUUAUUAGAUAGAAGCACGCGGGCUGAAGUAUAAAAUGACAUCACGAAAUAUUUAUAACUUUUAUCACACGAGAGUGAGCACACUGAGAAUAAAAGUUCGCACAAUUUGAUGCGGAUACUUUGAUGGGGGACGCUUAUUUCUUUUCUUUUUUAAUAAGAGUUGAUGGACGAUUGCGAUGAAGAAAAUCGAUGGUGAUGCUGUGAACGUCGAAUUUAGUAUGAAUAUGUAUAUUUAUUACAUUCACUAUGGGAGAUAUAUUGCCGCUUUAUUAUUCUCUUCAGAUCUGUAUAGUUUAACUCAUAUUAAGCUUAAUAAAUAACUUAUAUACGAUUUGUUUCAAUAAUAUGUACCUGAAGGAAUUACUUAUUGAUGCUUAGUUCUCUCAUAAGUAAUGCAGAUAUAUCUUAACAUCUGAUCUGAUCUGUCGAUCUCUUGGAAUAAUCCGAUCUUGGCAAUUUUAACUUAUUCCUAUGUAACAUCGCUACGCAUGUCGCUGAUUUGUCUUUGUGCGUUUUAUACGCUAGAAACUAGGAAAAUUGUAUUUGUACUUCUGACUUCGUUGCACGAACAGUCUGUCUCGGCGAGAUUCGACGCGGAAGUUUCGGUAGAAAUCGCAUAAGGAAGGAAUUCUGCUGGAUGAUGAUAGAAAAAUUUAAUAAAAGCAACUUAACAUAUAACUACACAGUAUAAUAAACAUUAAUGUAACUGUAAAUAUACGCGCGGAUAAUUUAAAACUUUGAACAUCGGCAUUUAUCACGAAGGCUUCUUGAUACAUAUGGUAUAAUGAGAUUUUUCCUGCGAGUGAGAAUUUCGUUACCCCUUCUUUAUUGUAUAUUUCUCAUACAUUUAUGAUGUACUAUGAUACGUAGCUGCGCGACUUUCGGUCUACAAGAUUUAUCUCUACCUAAGAGAAUUUCGAAGAAAUAUCUCGAUACUUUGUCUCUUUUUUUUUUCUUCUCGAGACGCGUGUUGAAUCAUUCUUGGGUGUAUGUAAAGACAUAUCAUUUGAGAACAUUAAAGAAUUCGCGUAGAACUCAAUUUUACUGUAAGAAUUGCACUUCGGUUGUAUUUUUUUUUUUAUUAAAUCCUGUAUAAAUAUAUAUCAUAUUGAUAAACAUCUCAUAUAAAUUAAACAUCAUUAAAACCAAUUCCCGUAUAAUUCACUGUAUUGCGGGUGCAAUUAAUACACAUGAUAGCAAUUACUAGACGCUGAUGAACAACGGGAAUAAUAUAAAUGUUAAAUUUGACUUUUGUAAAAUCACACAGACAGAGUUCUUGAGUAACAUCUCCAAAUUCGACGAAAUCAUUUGAAACGACUACACCAUUCUCUAGAUCUUAAGGCAUCUACGGAGUAUAUUUAUAAUAAUGUGAAUUAUAUAAGUGGGUGGGAAUUAUAUAUAUAUAUAUAUAUAUAUAUGUAUAUAUGCGAGCUUUUUAACAUUCGUAACACACACAGAAGUCGUACGUGUGAUCUGAUUCUGACGAAUGGCUGACGGAAGACAGUUUCGACACGAGAAUGGUUCUGUUUGGUGCAAUAAACAUAUAUAUAUACACACACACACACACACACAUACGUGUGUGUAUGUGUAUGUAUAGACCUAAUCUUUAAGCUAGUUAUAAUUUGUAUACUACGAAACAUUUGUUUGUCAUUAAUGAAUCGCGUCGUCGGAAGCAUGCGCGUGUCUCUGACGAGACGUAAAAGACUGCGAUGUCAAUGGUUCUGCGGGACACCUUGCGAACAUCUCGAGACAAAAUGUAAUGUGAAAUUAAUGACAAUAAAUGUACUACGUAUAAUAAUAACAACAA